UGAUGAUGAUGAUGGGAAAGUAAUGCCAACUCCAUUGCAGGAGAGAUAUGUGCAGGAAGCUAGGCAGGUCAUUCAAGAUAUCUGCCAGAUGAGUAGUAGGGAAGAUGAUGAUGAUGAUGAUGGAGGUGUAAGGAGAAUUAGUGAUCAUUUGGAGGAUGGGUAUUUCCAGGUCAAGAAAACAAAUGACGAGAAGGAGAAACCCAGAAUGAGUGGUAAGGGUGAGGCUAGGACAGACCAGGAGGCUGAGUUUAAGAACAUAAAAGACAGGGAUAAACAUGAGAGGGAGAGAGUGAACAGGGAGCAGAGUGAGAGGGAUGGACAAAGUGUGCAGCUGGAGAAGCUAAACAACAGGAGCACAGAGUACAGGGAGAAGGCGAAGAGACCGAGCAGAGAGACGGAGGGAGCCUGUCUAAAGGACUUGGAGGAAAAUGUGUUACAUGACUGCUCUGUGGAUGAACUCUCAGGUCCUGAGUCUAGUUUAACAGAUGAAGGGAUUGUGACAGAGCCAGAAACAGGCCCCAGUAACCCCCCCAAGAGGUCAUUCCUGGGGUCAGCAGGGGUUAAUCGGGGGUCUCGAAUACCUAGGGAUGUGCUCGGGCAGCCUGUCACUGUAUGGAAGCAGUCAGCUCUCCAUGACACAGAAGGGUUUAAACAGGAAAGAGAAGAGAUGACAGAGCACAGUGUGAGUGGUACAAAUUGUCUGAGUGAAGUCAGCGAGCCUCCCUCUUUGCCUCUUCCUGCCAGUGUGACUGAGAGUGAGAGAACUGUCAUGGACUUGAGCAUUACCUCUGGUGUCAACAUUAUCGGUGAGGUGAACAACCUCAGCAGUGCAUUAUUGCAGGGGACAGCUGCCACCGCAGAAGGAGGAGAAUUAGAAGCUCCUGCAACUCCCAGUGCUAUCCGUCGAAGGCGCAAGUUUUCCCUUUCUGCUAAUAACAACACAGGCUCUGAUUCCAAUGGCAGUAAUGCUGAGUCAAAACUAUCAGCUGCUGGAAAUGGGGAGUCCACAGUCUACCGCUCUCUCAGUGACCCAAUGCCUCAGCGGCGCUGUUCUGUGGCAGAAGAGGGUAAUAACAAUUUUUCCUCAGUAGACAGCAACCUGUUAGGAUCUCUGUCUGUCAAGGGAGGAGGAGGAGGGGCUUCAGAGGCCUCUGCUGUGGCUACCUUGUCAGAAUACAAGGGCAGCAUGGCCAGUGACUUGUCAGUGUACAGUGAUGGUGGGCUUCGUGAUGAUGGUGUUCGUGAUUACAGUGGGGUGAUCAGGAGCAUCGUAUCUGAACCUGGUGCAAUGGACAAGCUGAUGACAGAUGACCAUGGCAAUGGCAAAGUUCCCAAGAAGAAGUCAUUUAGUGACCCUAGUCGCCGUAGCGACCCCCUUUUACUUUCCCAGAAUGACCCUCAGUCCAGCAGCACUCAGCCAAUCAGUGAGCUGGAUCAUUCUGGCCAGAUCCCACCUUCCAGCAGUGAGCCAAUCCUGAGUGAUCAGAGAGAAGAACUCUGGGAGCCAGAAGUGAAGCCUAAACACGCACUCCCGAGACAGUGGCAUCACCAUGCAAACAGUACUAAUAAAGUCAAGAAGGCCCGUUCCCAGUCAGAAUGCAGCCCCCACUUUGCUAAUCAUAAUGAUGAAGAUGAUGAUGUAAUAGACUAUGGUGGAGAGGAAAAGGAAGAAGAGCAGAGAAAAUUUGACUUUGAUCUCAAACUAGCUGAGGUCCUGUCCCCCAGAAUGGUUCGUCGGCCUUCCAGAAAGCGUCCAAACAGGUUGGCUCAGUUCUUUCCUCACGAGGAACCAUUUGAGCCCUCAGAACAGAAUUCAGAAGGGCAGGAAGACAACAGCGAUCAAACUGACCUCAUCACUCCUCUUCCUCCUCUCCCACUGCAGUCCAAACCCAAAACCAGACCCAAACAUGUCCGCCACACCAGUGAACCUGCCACCUUUAUACCCAUCUCCCCACCUCCACAACUUCAGCCAGUGAAGGAAGUGGAACCACCAGCCUUUACCAAGCCUCCAGGAGAUGAGGCCCCAUCUCUGGAGGAUGUGACUCAGAAGUAUAUUCUGGAACUGAGCACUGCUGAGAAGGACACUCGGGGCCCAGGGACUCUUCCAGUGCCCAGAGAUGGAGCUGAAGGUCCAGUGUUGGCUUCAGAGGGGCCCGCUGAGGCCAGCACCAGUGGAAUUACAGAAGCUGGACCACAGAAAAAGAGCACAGUGGACUCUGCAUUUACAUCUAGUCCACAGAGGACCAAGCCUAGAGUGGACAUGAGGAAACAUGUGAUGAUGACCCUCGUGGACACAGAGCAGUCAUAUGUGGAGUCACUACGAUCUCUAAUUCAGGGUUACAUGCGUCCUCUCAAACAGCCAGACGGCAGCUCCAUAGUGGACCCUCUGCUAGUAGACGAGAUGUUUUACCAGAUCCCAGAGAUCUUGGAGCACCACGAGCUCUUCCUGGACCAAGUCACCAGCUGUGUCAGCCAGUGGCACGACAGGCAGACCGUCGGACACCUCCUCAUCCAAUCAUUCUCCAAAGAGACCCUUGCUAACAUGUAUUCAGCGUACAUAGACAACUUUCUCAAUGCUAAAGAUGCUGUGAGGAUUGCCAAGGAGGCCAAGCCAGCAUUUCACAAGUUUCUGGAGCAAAACAUGCGUGAGAACAAGGAGAAACAGGCUCUGGGUGAUCUGAUGAUUAAGCCCGUGCAGAGGAUUCCUCGAUAUGAGCUUCUGGUUAAGGACCUGCUCAAGCACACCCCAGAGGAUCAUCCAGACCAUCCACUCCUGCUGGACGCCCAGAGGGACAUCAAGCGAUUGGCUGAGAGAAUCAAUAAGAGCCGUCGAUCUGCUGAGGAGGCAGAAAGGGAGGCCAGGGUCAUUCAGGAGAUUGAGGCACACAUAGAAGGAGUUGAACAUAUUCUUAACCCCCAGAGGAAGUUCCUGAGACAGGAGAUGGUCAUGGAGGCGAAGACAGUGGGUGGGAAGAAAGACCGUUCUCUCUUCCUCUUCAGUGAUCUGAUCAUUUGCACCACUCUCAAGAGGAAGUCUGGCUCAUUAAGACGCAGCUCCAUGAGCCUAUACUCUGCUGCAAGUAUGAUCGAUACCUCCAGCAAAUACAAGUUCCUGUGGAAACUUCCUCUAGAAGAUGUGGAGGUGGUGAAAAGCUCCACUCAAACAACAAACAAGGAGAGCAUCCAGAAGAUGAUCAGUCGAUUAGACGAAGAUCUCAGUACACUGGGCCAGGUCAGCAAACUGUCCGAGACCCUCAGCUUCCCACACCAGUCUCUAGAUGAGGUAAUAAAGGAUCUGAUGGCAUCGGUGCACAGAGAGCUCUCAGAGAAGCAGUCUUUGGCCUUCAGUAUGACCUUCCUGCCGACAAAGCUGGAGUUUGCCACAGCCUCUGCUGAGAGCACCUUUGUCUUUGAGUUCACUUCGCCUGAUGCUCGCUCCAACUUUGAACAGGCCUUUGAGGAAGCCAAGAAGAAGCUAGCUAUGAAUAAGGAUCAGUGGGACCCAGAAUUUCUGAAGGCCAUUCCUAUUAUGAAGACACGCAGUGGAAUGCAGUUUUCAUGCGCCUCACCCAGCCACAGCUGUCCUGACAGCGGCUGCGAAGUGUGGGUGUGUAACAGUGAUGGAUACGUGGGACAGGUGUGUCUGUUGAACAUAAAAGAUGAGCCUACAGUGGAGGCCUGUAUCGCUGUCUGUUCAGCACGGAUCAUCUGCAUUGCUGCUGUACCAGGACUCAAGGGAAGGGAGCGUGGAUCAGAGCCUGCACUCACCCCGACCUCUGCAGCACCUGGCCACACCCAGCAGCAGCUCCACAUAUCGAUCUCCCAUUCAUCUCUGGAACCGAAAGAGCAACCUACAGGAUCAGGGGCAGAGCUUGUUCCAUUUGACAGUGAUGACACAGAUGAUGAGGAUUCACCCAGUCCUUCUUCCACUCUACAGAGUCAGGCCAGUCACUCCACCAUCUCAUCCAGCUAUGGCAAUGAUGACGGUCCAGGCUCCAAGGACAUGGCUACAGAGACCACCAGCAGUGAGGAGGAGCAGGAAUUCCCAGCGGCAAGUUCAUACGGUACUCCGGGGAUGUUGGCAGUAUGCGGAGGAAGUCGAGCCCAAGCAGAGAGUCCCGUGGACGGCCGCGCCAUGCGCCGUUCCUCCCGGGGUUCUUUUACCAGGGCGAGUCUGGAGGACCUGCUUAGCAUCGACCCUGAGGCCUAUCAAAGCUCAGUGUGGCUUGGCACAGAGGAUGGAUGCAUCCAUGUGUAUCAGUCCUCGGACAACAUCCGCAACCGUAAAAACAGCAUGAAGAUGCAAUACUCCGCUUCCAUCCUCUGUAUACUGUAUUUGGACAACAAAGUGUUUGUGUCUUUAGCCAAUGGAGAGGUGAUUGUCUAUCAGAGAGAAGCAGGUAGUUUCUGGGACCCUCAGUCUUCUCAGACUUUACUUCUAGGCCCACCUGGUAUUCCUGUCACCAAAAUGGUUCCUGUGGGAGGGAAGCUGUGGUGUGGCUCACAGAACAGAGUCCUUAUUAUCAACACAUUUACACUGGUACAAGAGCACUGGUUCCAGGUGGGCACAGACAGCAGUCGAUGUGUGACGUGCAUGGUGGUGUACGGUCAGGGUGUGUGGCUGGCACUGCAGGGUAGUGCGCAGGUCAAAUUGUACCACGCUCAGACUUGGGAGAGCCUGACAGAAGUGGACGUUGCACCUGCUGUGCACAAGAUGCUCGCAGGGGCAGAUGCAAUCAUCAGACAGCAUAAGGCCGCCUGUUUGAGAAUCACAGCGUUGCUAGCCUGUAAGGACCUGUUGUGGAUCGGCACCAGUGCAGGGGUCGUCCUCACUCUGGCAAUCCCAGCAGUGAGCUCAGGAACUGGUGCUGGGACACUAAAAUCUCCCCUGGUGCCGAUGGGCUCAGCUCAUGGACAUACGGGCCAUGUUCGGUUCCUGACAACAAUUGAACUGCCAGAAGGGUUUGACGUGAACCUCCCCUCUGCAACAACUGACUCCACAGGCAACCAAUCCCAGAGCAGCAGCACAGUUGACAAGAACCUCCAAAGGUAUGACUCCUCACGCCGCCGAGCCUCAGCCCACAACCCUCCAAAGACCAACCACCUUGUCAUUUCUGGCGGCGAUGGCUAUGAGGACUUCAGACUGACCAAUAGCAGUGAAACAGUCGGACGGGAUGACAGCACCAACCAUCUUUUGCUUUGGAGGGUUUGAGACAGUCAACCCCAGUUUGAACAAACCACCCCAACCUCUAUCUAGCUGAAAAUGGCGCACAAGCUCUUUCUCCUAUUUCACUCCUCACUUUUUGGUGUUGUUAUUUUGGUCUUCUGCUCGGUCCACCGGUCUCUGUGUGCACAAUAUGGAUGUCAGCUCCCUCCUGGACUCACUGGUGAAUAUGAUCACUCCCAGUUUUCUUGUGUUAAUGUUGCUGAUGGUGUGUGUUGGUCCUCACAGAGUUGUUUUGUUUUUCUGGCAUCUGCGAGUAUUUAGUAGAGAAAUCUUUAAAUUCAAGACUUCACCUGAGAGACAGAAGAUGACAGAAGGCAGAAAUGAUGUGUUGCAUCUUCAAACUUUCACAUGUAGCCAUACGUUCAGACUGAGAACAAAUGAAGAAAAAAAGAAGACGACUUGUCCAGAGUGAAGAGUGUCCUUAUUGUUUGACGUGUGCUCUGUUUUCUUGGACUUGGACAUGAACCUUUUAUUCCAUUACUUCCUGAGCUUCAGACAAAAAGCAUCUAGAUGAUCAGAGGAAAACAUCAUAACCAAAUAUAUGAAUAUCUCAAUGGUAACUAACUGAAAUAUACCAACACAGACUGAAUUUGCAUCUAUUUUUGUAGCUAAAGUUCAAGAUUAGCAGAGGUGUUCAGUUGACACCUGUGAGCCUUUAAAGGCUGAAGCCUUUCGCUCCAGUCAGGAAAACAACUCCAAAUGACAGAUCUGAGAUCAGAUCUUUCUGGCCUAAGCAAGGCUGAAAUAACACUCGCGAUCAUUGCUAAUAGAUGUGAGACUGCUAAAAUAGGCUGUAGAAGGAGAGUGAUAGCAACAUUUAAGUGCAAUAUGUGGCAAGACUAUAAGUCACAUAUUCACAUGCAUACAGUCACAUGCAUUAAUGCAUGGACUCACAUAAAUCAGAAGACUGUGAAAAACAUAAAUGUGUGUUUGCUACAAGUAAUCCCAUUGCAUCGGUUUUUCUUAUUUAAUUUCCACUGCCAGUUUAAGAUGGCAUGAACUUAUAUGGAGCAUUGGAGACUUUAACAUCACUAUGCCAAAGCCUUAUAAAGUUUAAACAUUAAGGGAUCUGGAAAUAUUUUAUUUGCCAUUAAAUUUAAAUUUCAGGGGUGGUCUGUCAACAGGGAAAUGGACACAGGUGUUGCUGGUUUCUAUAAAGAUGAUGCUCGGUUGUAGUAGCAGUUGAGGAUAGUUAAUGUACAGUAUUUAUGGUUUUGAUUUUAGCGCCUUCUUUUACAGCACUUAAUUUAUAGAUGAUGUAGCUUUCACUUUUUUUUUUUUCUUUUUGAGUUGUUUACCAGAACAGAUAAACCAGCAUAUUUUGGCUCAGGCAGACAGACAUGUACACUAGUGAUGUAAUGAUACUAGUCCACUCAUGGGAUGGUACAAUGUAUAAUGCAGGGUUCUUAUUUUGGAGUUGUAUGACCUCAUACAUGUAGGGAGACAGGACCAUAAAGGAGAAGGUCUAGAGGAAACUGCAAAACCUUCUUCGGGUUGUAGCUAAACUUAACUCUAACAGAGCACACAGUCACUCUGUCACCUGUUUAGGUGCCAAAGGCCAAGAUGUGCUCUAUGUUUCAAAUCAGUUUGUUACAUGAAGUAUACCACUAAGAUGUAUUGUUAUAUGUAAUGCACAAACCCACACAAACACUGGUUUCAGUAUUGAUGGUUGGAAAACAAGAUGCAUGUGGUUUGUUUAUGCGACAAGAGUGUGCGAUACACACUCAGUGAGAGGACGCCGAGCUGCUGCAUGUCUUCAGAAGGCUAGUUAAACCAUUUUAAGCAACCACACACAGAGUAAAAAAGUUAGCUCUUCCUCCACUUACAGCAGAUGACCGUGGAAGUGAAGGAUUACUCUGACCUGUCCUUGCACACAAUGCUCACACACACAUUAGCCUCACGCUUUGGGGUUAAGUGGUGAUUGUCUUUGACCCCUCUAAGCCUAGAAAACCUCACUGCCCCUUAAGCAGCCACCUGGGCACAUCACCUCAGCGUUGCCCCUUCCAGGUACAUCCACAGUAGGUUAAUUAACUCUCCCCCUGUGAGUGGGGCUAACACUUAAGAGGAUUAGCUAGUCAUUGUGUUUGCUGCUAACUAGCUAUCCAGCUUUUUGCCUCUUCAAGUGGAAAAGUGAAAAAGUGUGCCUGUACAUCCUCCAAAUGUGCUGUAAUUAAUUUGAAAAGGAGCUUUUCUGUGAAUCUCUAGUGGCACUUGAGGCAAAAUUCCUGUUUGCUUGUAGCCUGUAAAAAAAUACAGCUGAGUAAAGUUUGCAAAACCACCAAUCAGCACUUCUAGCUAACUAUUUUUUUUAUAAAAGUGGCAUUAAUUAUUUAAUCUGUACAAAAAGCAAGUGGAUAAAUGAGUCACUGUGGUUGUGCCAUUGCAGAGAGUGACUUUCUACAGUGUUUAAUGCUUCGGUUUUUGUACAGAACAAACAAAUAAGCACUUUAAAGGUGCUGGUAGUCAACCCUAGUCAGAGCCAGACUAGCUGUCUUUAUGCUAAGCUAAGAUAAGCGAGCAGUCUUCUGACUGUAGAUUCCUGACAUUAGUAUUUUAUAAGUCUUGGAAAGAAAGCAAAGUAGUUAAUGUCCUAAAAUGACCAUUCAUAAAAUUUCAUGUAUUUUAGUAUAAUUUUUAUGUUCUAUAUAAUUCACGAGUAAUGUUUUCAGUCUGUGCCAAGAGCUGCCAAGUUACCAAUGAAGCUGCUGGGGGGAUUAGGCUCAGGAGGUAGAGUGUUCAUCCCUCAACUGCAAGGUCGGGGAUUCAAUUCCCAUUCUAUGUGUUGAAGUGUCCUUGGGCAAGACACUGAACCCCAUGUUGCCCCCAAUGGCCAGGUCAGUGCCUUGAGGAGACAGUGCCACCAUCGGUGUGUGUGAGGUGGCGCCACAGAUGGCUGCCUCUGUUCUGUACUGGAGACAAAUUCCUUGUCUGUGUAAUAUACUUGGCCAAUAAAAAUCAUUGUCAUCUACAUAUGCUGGCUGUACACAUAUUGAGAUCUCCCUUCAGAUUGGAGAUUAGAGUUUUUCUGUGAACAGUAAAACAUUGAGGGUGUUGGAGCAGUAUUUCCGAAUUGGGCAGCAUAAAAGGGUCAUAGUUGUUUGCUGGUGUGUUCCAAGUUUAUUACGUUUUUAGUGUUUUCAAGCUCUGGGAUCUUUGGGUAAAACAUAAUUACUCAGUGUAGCCUACUAGGCCAAAAAUGGUUCUACAUUUUUGGUAGGAGGCUCUGUUCAUGCUUUUUCUGAAACAACUAAAAGUCAGUAACUUUCAAUUCAAGUUACAUUCUUUUAAAAGUCUGAAAACAUUUGCCUUCAGAAUAUAGCCUACUCUUACAAUUCCUCAGUUGUCAUGUAAGUAUAAAUGACUGAAUAAUCCCAUAUUCAGCAAUGUUUUUGCAUUGCAGGGGCUGAGCCCAUUGUACUGGCUCACAUUUUCUUCUGAUUACCAACAUACGAGCACACACACACGUGCAAGCACACCACAUCUUAGAUUUGAAGUAAAACUGAAUACUGAAUGGUAAUUAGACCAGGAUUGAGAGAAUGAAGCAUACUGUGUGUCAGUUAAAGAAACACAACACUUUAUUUUCACCCUCACAUGAACUUCAGUGUCAUUACUGUCAUCUUCAGCAACUUGUGAGUGACCUCCUCAUGCCUGUAUGUGAACGAAGUCUUUGUUGUUGUAAAUAUUGCUAUAUAUUGCCUUGUUUUCUGUAAAUAGUAUUCCCACGCUCCUCAAUUGUUGAUAUGAAUCUAAUGGCAUAUUUUUAUAUAUUUGUGAAAGGUUUGUUUUUAUUGUCGCCCCCCCCAUGUGUGCUGUCAGUCACGUUUAAAUUAUACCUGUCAUAGAUCUUUCCAGAAGACAGUAUGGGCUCUGUUGUUACCAGGGUGACAGAGAGAUAGAGUUUUCGUUGGUAACCUUGUCACCUCUUUGUUGACAUUUGCCUCGUUACACGAAGGAUGACACCCACUUGGUCAUAACUCUUUCUGGCCAACAUUUUGCAGUUGUUAUGGUUCCAGUCUAUCAGCAUUAUUUCCUGUUUUUGUUUUGUCAUUGUGGGUUCAUCUUUGUAAUUAAAUCAGUUCAC